UAUAAUGAUAUAGUACAAUAUAGUAAUUUAAUGCUUAUAUUGUGCUAUGCUAAUAAUAUAUUGUAUGUUCAUUUGAUUUGUAAGCCGCUCUGAGUCCCCUUCGGGGUGAGAAGAGCGGCAUAUAAAUGUAGUAAAUAAAUAUAAACCUCUCUUGCCUAGUUUCCAUCAGCUCUCUCACACAGUUAGGAAGUUCUUCCUCAUGUUCAGAUGGAACUUUUCCUGUCGUUUGAAGCCAUGGUUCCAUUGCAUCCUAGUUUGCUUUUAAUUACUCUGAUUUUAUCUGCUUGGAUUUUGAUAUAUUGUCCAUUAUUUUAUUUUGUGUAUUGUUGAAAUGCUUUAAGUCAAAUGCUAUGUCGUUGUUUCGGGUUUGUCCCUGUUGUGAGCCACCCCGAGUCCCUUCGGGGAGAUGGGACAGGAUAUAAUAAUAAUAAUAAUAAUAAUUAUUAUUAUUAUUAUAGUCUCCAGGGCAGCAGAAAUGAAGCCUGUGCCCUCCUCCCUAUGACUUCCCAUCAAUCUCAUCUUGAUCCACGGCCCUCCUCAUGUCUCCUCUCUCUCCGCCUUCUCUUCUGCAGGCUAAACAACAUGCCCAGCUCUUUCAGCCGCUCCUCAUAGGGAUUGUUCUCCAGACCCUUGAUCCUCUUCCUCCGGACACAUUCCAGCUUAGAGUCAAAAUCUCCCUUCAGUUGCAGUGACCAGUGUGAUUCCAGGUGCAAUAAAUCUUACCAAACGAAAGGUUGGCACUUCAUCUUGUUGAUGGGAAGCUUCCCACCAGAGUAGAAAUCAUCUAUCGGAGAGAUGGUAAGCUAUUUAACCUCAGUAGAUUGAAAGCCAAAGCCAAGGUCACAACAUCUGUUAUAGAACUCCAAUAUGCAGAUGACAACGUUGUCUGUGUGGAUUCAGAAAACCUACAAGCCACUCUAAACAUCUUUGCAGAAGCAUACGAGAAGCUCGGCCUCUCACUGAACAUCGAGGAAACCAAAGUGCUCUUCCAGUUUGUUUGAAAGCCAAAACCAAGGUCACAACAUCUGUUAUAGAACUCCAAUAUGCAGAUGAUAACGUUGUCUGUGUACAUUCAGAAGACCUACAAGCCACCUUUGCCGAAGCAUACGAGAAGCUCGGCCUCUCUUGAACAUCGAGAAAACCAGUGCUCUUCUAGUUUGUUUGAAAGCCAAAACCAAGGUCACCACAACAUCUGUUAUAGAACUCCAAUAUGCUGAUGACAACGUAGUCUGUGCGCAUUCAGAAGAAGACCUCGAAGCCACUCUAAACACCUUUGCAGAAGCAUACGAGACGCUCGGCUUCUCACUGAACAUCGAGAAAACCAAAGUGCUCUUCCAACAGGCACCAGCUACUCCCUCUGCAAUGCCAGGAAUGCAGCUUAAUGGUGUCACAUUAGAAAAUGUUGACCAUUUCUGCUUCCUUGACACUGAAAUACAACACCGCCUGAGCUCUGCGAGUGCAGCAUUCUUCCGUAUGAAGCAGAGAGUGUUCGUAGAGAUACCAGGGUGCUUGUUUAUAAAGCCAUUCCCCUCCCAACCCUGUUCUACGCCUGCGAAACGUGGACCAUCUGCAGAUGUCACACUCAAAUCCUGGAAUGAUUCCAUCAGCGUUGCCUCCGAAAAAUCCUGCAAAUCUCUUGGGAAGACAGGCGGACAAAUGUCAGCAUGCUGGAAGAAGCAAAGACCACCAGCAUUGAAGCAAUGCUCCUAUGCAUCAACUCUGGAUGCCUCGUUGGAUGCCAACGACUGGAUGCCACGUUGUCCGAAUGCCCAAAGAUCACCGUCUCCCAAAGCAGUUACUCCCAACUCAAGAACAGAAAGGUUGGUGGACAGGAAAAGAGAUUGAAAAGUAGGUUUAAAAACUGUGGCAUAGAAACUAAAAACUGGGAAGCCCUGUCCCUUGAGCGCUGUAAUUGGAGGUCAGCUGUGACCAGUAGUGCUGUGGAAUUUGAAGAGGCACAGAGGGAGAAAUGUGUCAAGAGGAAGGUGCAUCAAGCCAACCCUGACCGGGACUGCCUUCCACCUGGAACAAGAUAAUCUCACUGUGGGAGAACAUAAGGAUCAAGAAUAGAGCUCUAUAGUCAUGUACAUAUCUGUCGCCAAGACACUUGGAAGGCCAUCAUACGUUGACAAUGAGGGAUCAUCCAAGUAAGUAAGUAAGUAAUUAAGUACAGUAGAGUCUCACUUAUCCAACACUCGCUUAUCCAACGUUCUGGAUUAUCCAAUGCAUUUUUGUAGUCAAUGUUUUCAAUAUAUCGUGAUACUUUGGUGCUAAAUUCAUAAAUACAGUAAUUACGACAUAGCAUUACUGCGUAUUGAACUACUAUUUUUAUCAAAUUUGUUGUCUAACAUGAUGUUUUGGUGCUUAAUUUGUAAAAUCAUAAUGUAAUUUGAUGUUUAAUAGGCUUUUCCUUAAUGCCUCUUUAUUAUCCAACAUAUUCGCUUAUCCAACAUUCUGCCAGCCCGUUUAUGUUGGAUAAGUGAGACUCUACUGUAUUUCCUAUCUCUUUCAUCUUUCUCUACUUACCUAUUUCAUCCACCUCUUACCUUCCUACCUACCCAUCUACCUACUUCAUUUCUCUCUCUCUCAUUCAUCCACUUAUUUCAUAUCUUGUUCUUUUUCAACUCUUUCUUAGUCUCUCUACGUACCUUUGUGGUUUAGGAUGGAAGAAGCACACUGCCAAGUUUAUAAUCUCCGCUUCCAACGUUAUAGGGGCAGAAAUAAGUGUCUGAAAGGGGCAAGAUGGUGAGGCCAACAAUCACCGAGGUCUCUGCUUUGCACAUCAAGUAGGGAUUUCUAGCACGGUUAGGAAGAUGGUGUCUUGAAGGUUAACAUCAGCAGCCAACCAGACAUGAAAACGGAUCCCGGCCCCACCCAGGGUGAUUCAGUGCCACCUCCCGUUGCUCCGCUCUUUGAAGGAGGCACCCAGAAGCACCGUGGAGAGACCUGCCAGUCUCCAGGAGUGUUUCCAUCCCAGAUCGGAGAUGGCUUGGCAUCCUAACACCGCAGCCCAGCUGGCAGGCUUGUCCCUCCUGCUCCUUGGGUGGAUCUUGUCCUGCGUCACGACGUACGUGCCGCUGUGGAAGCGACGCAACUUGGACCUCAAUGAGAUCGAGACCUGGAACGCGGGCCUCUGGCAGGUCUGUGUUGUUUGGGACGGGGACGUCAUGGAGUGCAGAAGCCACGACUCUUUCCUCGCCCUGCCUUUGGCCACCCAGGUCUCCAGAGUCAUUAUGGUGGCCUCCAACGCAUUGGGGCUUCUUGCCGCCGUCCUUUCCGUCUGGGGCUCGGACUGGAUGAAGACGGGAGGAAGAAAACCAGGACUUUUGGUCGGUGGUGGUGUCGUCUCGUGUCUUUCUGGAGCGGCAACGCUUGUGCCCGUUUCGUGGACUGCUUACAACAUUGUGCAAGACUUUUGGGAUGAAACGGUGCCAGAUAUUGUCCCGAGGUGGGAUUUGGGUGACGCGUUGUUCUUGGGCUGGUUUGCAGGAACCUUCCUUAUCUCCGGUGGCUUUUUUCUUCUCUGCUCCGGCUGCUUCCUAAUGAACAAGAUACCACCAAGACCACUUUCUGUCCACCAGAAGCUCAGGGCACAAAUGUCACCAAAUCGCUAUCAGAAUUCGUCACCAAAGAAUGAAUACCUUGUCAUCUAAGAUUCCAGAAUAUGGGGAAGAAGGCGAUGAGAGCGAAAAAGAGAAUGAGACGGACUUUCGGACUGGCACGAAACUGGUUGGUUGGACAAUAGGUCAUGGUUUAGAUACUUGUUUGAAUGGGAAAAUCUAUUGGGUUGUAUGGGAUUUUCAAAGGCAUCAGUGUUCUCGGUGAGAGCAUUGUAAGGAGCUUAAGAUGCAUAGAAAUAAAAUGUUGAAUAAUUACAAAUGAUUGUUUGUGCAAUUUUGGGGAGUUGAUAUCACUUGUAUGCAGUACAUAUUUUUGGAGCCCCGAAUGGCACAGUGGGUUAAAUAAUAAUAAUAAUAAUAAUAAUAAUUAUUAUUAUUAUUAUUAUUAUUAUUAUAAUUUGGAAACAAUAGACAUUGACAAAAUUACUAUCUGCUAACUGCAAAAGGCCACCCUACUGGGAUCUGCGCGCAUCAUCUGAAAAUACAUCACACAGUCCUAGACACUUGGGAAGUGUUCGACUUGUGAUUUUGUGAUAUGAAAUCCAGCAUG